AUCUUUGCCUCAGUCCUUCCAGAAGCCUUCUGAUCUUCUUCCUUUCACCAUCACUGCUACUCAUUACUCAACACAACAAAACCGAAAAGCAAAAAGCCAGGGAAUUUAGACGAUUCUGCACCUCAACAGAGGAUAUUCAAGGGAUCCAGAAGAAAGAUGAAUAUUGGUGGUGGAAUCCAGAAUAAUCGCCGGCCUGAACUGGACUUUCUUCCGCCGGGGUUCAGAUUCCACCCCACCGACGACGAACUGGUGCUUCACUAUCUCUGCCGGAAGUGCGCUUCCCAGCCCAUCUCCGUUCCCGUUAUCGCCGAAAUUGAUCUCUACAAGUUUGCCCCAUGGCAACUUCCCGAGAUGGCGUUGUACGGCGAAAAAGAAUGGUACUUUUUCUCGCCGAGGGACCGGAAGUAUCCCAACGGUUCGCGGCCGAACAGGGCAGCCGGGUUGGGUUACUGGAAGGCAACCGGAGCCGAUAAGCUCGUCGGCAAGGCACAGGGGAUAAAGAAAGCCCUAGUUUUCUACGCCGGAAAAGCUCCCAGAGGAAUAAAGACCAACUGGAUAAUGCACGAGUACCGUCUCGCUAACGUCGACCGGUCCGCCGGCAAGGGACACAAUCUGAGGCUUGAUGACUGGGUUCUAUGCCGGAUAUACAACAAGAAAGGCAUUCUUGAAAAGUAUGAGAAUGUCGUCGCCGGGGAAAUCGCCGACGACCAGAAGCCCAAAAUCACCGGAUUUUCACCAAAUGAGAUGUUAGCGCCACCGCAGAGUGAGUACUUGCAUUGGCACACAGACUCAAGCUCCUCCUCGGACCAAAUGCUGUCUUCGCCGGACAAGGAAGUCCAGAGCGGUUCAGGAUGGGAUGACCUCGAUUUUCAGCUGAACAAUUUCAUGGCAGCCUUCCCCGCCGGCGACCCAUUCAAUGAACACUUCAAUUCUUUCCCAGACAUGCUCUUUCCAUCGCAGUAGUAGUCCUAAACACAAACAUCUCCAUUCUCCACAACAAUUCGUUUAAUUUAGCCAAGUAUCACUCAAUUCAUUCUUUAAUUUAUAAACCAAAAAUAAUUCCUGAUAGAUACCCCAAGUAGGGUACCUUGUAAGAGUAUACUCCGGUGGUCGGGAUUCACAGUUUGACUUCAGAGAACAUGAAUCCAGUUGCUUGAAUUGGACCCUGCUGAGGCAUCCAUUCGAUAGGAAAGAGACAAGGUGGUUUGGAAGCUUUCCUAAGUCUUAAUUUAUUAAUUUCUUCUUUCUUUGCUUUCAAAGGCACAUAAAUCUUGUAUAAAGGUAGACAGAUUGUAACAUGUUUAAAAUUCUAUUCUAUUGCAAUUAUUUUGUCAACUUUCGCUC